GACCAUGGCACACGAGGGAGAGAGAAGCCUGCGAGAGGCGGAGAAUUGUGGGGUCGUCCAGGAGGGUCGACAAGGCAAAGAACCUGAAGACCACCCAAAAGGGUACCUAGGUGGGGCGCACUGGAGCUGCGGGAUAACAGGUGGAACAAACGGGGGACUACACUCGUGGGCGCACGUGCGGAAGAGGGACUGAGCAGGCGCCUGCGUGCUCCCCUCGCGCACCGCCGACAGUUUCAACUGCACCUCCUCCGGCUCGCACAGCUGACUCCUACCGCUCCGCGCACUGCGCGCCCUCGGCCCUAGUGCAGCCAGCUCCCGGCCCGGUCCGCGCCAGGGCCAGGCUACAAACCUGCCCGCCGGCGGCUGGCGGUUGGGGAGAGCGUUGGGAGGAGGAGCCCCGCCCGGGUGGACGCGCGCCCUUCAGCGGCGGAGGCGGAGGCGGAGGCGGAGGCGGCGGCGGCGGCGAGGCCUGAGCGAGUUGAACUUCCUCUCUUUUUAGAAGAAUGGAUUUCUUGGAGUCCAAAAAAUUUAUGGUUCUUCUCUGGAAGAAUUUUAUUUUAAAGAGGCGGCGAUGUAUUGCUUUAGUUGUGGAAAUGGUCCUCACAUUUCUGUUUAGUGCUGUACUUUUGGCAACACGCUCUGUUAUUGUUAUAAAGAAGAAUGGACCUUUCGAUUUUGCUGCUCAGCCUGUCGACGAAGUGCCUUCCUACAUCACAGCUUCCUUAAUUUCUCCUUCUCCUUUGGAAUUGGCUUACGUGCCUUCCAGAAGUACUGUGGUGCAGGGUAUUAUUGAAAAGGUGAAAAUGGAUUUAAACCCCCAAAUGAAAGUUCUAGGCUUUUCCUCAGAAGAAGAAUUUGAAGAUUACGUUAAGCAAAUAAAUAACUCUAAAAACGUUCUGGCUGCUAUUGUUUUUGACCAUGACUUCAAAAAUAGCAGUGAUCCCCUGCCAUUGAAGGUAAAAUAUUACCUGCGUUUUAAUAAUGAAAAGAAGAGCAAUAUGCUGUACAGUAUUUAUGAAGAAGAAGGCUGGUUGACAAAUUUUCUCUUUCCACCUGUCCCUUUGGUGGGACCCAGAAACUGUGAUGAAAAUGGAGGGAGUCCUGGUAAGCAGAUCUUUAGGUACAUCAGUGAAGGGUUCCUGUUUAUGCAACACUCCCUGGAUAAGGCCAUCAUGCGGCCAAGCUGCAGAAACGCUGUUUAA